AACAAAUAUCAUGCAUAACAAGGCCAUCUCAAAAACUGGAAAUAGUACUACAAGUGGAUAUAGAUCCAUAUCUAAUCAACAAACAAGGAAAUGGAAAUGCCACUCAUUCACAAAGACACUAAUUCAUUCCUCUCAAAGCAUUUAGUCCCUUUGUGCACAACGUUUCUCGCCUUCUUCAUUUUCACUCUCUUUUUCUUCAAAUGGCUAAACAAUUUUCGAUACUCCUCCAAAAACCCCCCACCUUCGCCACCCGGACUUCCCCUAAUCGGAAACUUUCAUCAGUUUUUCAAUUCCAUCACACAUCGUUCCUUCAAAUCAUUAGCUGAUAAAUAUGGUCCCGUAAUGACGAUGAAGUUAGGAAGCAAACCAAUCAUAAUCAUCUCAUCCGCGGAUGCAGCUGAAGAAGUCCUCAGGAAAAAUGACCUUGUGUUCGUUGAUAGGGCUAAACAAAGCUUCAUUGGAAGAAUAUUUGACAAGGAUAUGGUUUUUGCCCCCUACGGUGACCAUUGGAGGCAAAUAAGAUUCAUUUGUGCCUCUCAGCUUCUAAGUAAAAAAAGGGUUCAAUCUUUCAGAUCCGUCCUUGAACAAGAAAUCAAAAACAUGUUGGAGAAAAUAAGAGAAUCUUGUUUUCCGGGCUCGGCUAUAGCCAUGAGUGAGAUGUUAGCAACCCUAACUACUAAUGCAGUUUCUUUGGCAGCCAUUGGGAGAAAAUACUCGGAAGAACCUAACGGGAAUAAGCUUACGGCGCUGUUUAAGGAGUGCACCAUGAUCGGCGGAUAUAUAAACCUUGCUGAUUGUAUCCCUUGGUUUGGAUGGAUUUAUCGCUUCAGUGAUAUGGACGCUAAGGUGUCUAGGGUUGCAAAAGAGGUUGAUGAAUACAUGGAGAAUGUUUUUGACCGCGGAAUCAAGAAGCAAGAGAAAAUAGAAAAAGGUGAAGAAAGUCAUGAAGAAGGGCACCACAAUUUUCUGGAUGUCUUGAUUGGAUUCUACCGAAAAAAUACCACUGGUACUAGGAUUGAUCGCGAUUCCGUUAAAGGUGUUAUUAUGAAUAUGGUGGUGGCUGGACCGGACACUACAUAUUCACUUUUAGAGUGGGCGAUGGCGGAGCUGUUAAGGAACCCGAGCUUUAUGACUAAGUUACAAAAUGAGGUAAGAGAAAUUAGGGUUUGCGAACCAAAUCAAAUGAUCACUGAAGACCAUCUAGGAAGACUUCCUUACUUAAAAGCAGUUAUCAAGGAAACUCUUCGCAUGCAUCCUUCGCUCCCAUUGAUUCCUAGGUUAUCAAGAGAGUCCGUCAAAAUCAUGGGGUAUGACAUAGAAGCUGGAACUCCAGUCUACAUUAAUGUUUGGGCGAUUGGACGAGAUCCUCAAUCAUGGAAUGAUCCAGAUGAGUUUCGGCCAGAAAGAUUUAUAGAUAACCCUAUUGACCUAAAAGGGCAACAUUUUCAAUACAUACCAUUCGGUGCUGGAAGGAGAAUGUGCCCUGGCAUUGAGUUUGCGUUAGCAACCGCUGAACUCACUCUUGCGAAUUUGAUGCGUGCGUUCAAUUUCUCAUUGGCUAAUGAACUUCAACCAGAAGAAUUAGACAUGAAGGAAGCUGGGGGUAUGGUGGUUCCCAGGGAAAACCCUCUCCUUCUUAUUCCGAAUCUUCCAAAUUAGACCCAAUUCUUUAAUUGUAUAAAUCGUUGCAAAGCUCAUGUUUUAAAUAAUGUAAACUGUUACAAGGUUGAAGUUUGUUCUGAAUUAUAUGAAAUCAAGAAGAAAAUAAUCAAAG